CGGAAAGCACUCCUGGAUAACUCCAGAUAUGUGAUUCCGGGCUCGGUUUGCUAGGGUAGCCGCGAAAUUUAAAUACCUACUUAUUUCGUGAAAAGUGAAACUGAAACGAUUAAAGUUUUUGUUAGUAAAACUUACGAUUGACACUAACUUUUAUGAAUAAUAAAGUUUAAAUAAAAGGUUUGUUUAUGGAUAUUGUGAAAUAUUUUAGUGUUUAACUAUUUAAAAAUUUAAUAAUAAUAUAUUUGACCUAAUAAUAAUGUGAAAUAAGAAAUUGCUGUAAUUGAUGAACAAUCUGAUCAGAUUUCUUUAAGGUUCUUUCUAACUAGGUGCGCUAAGCAGUGACCAAGCAAAAGCACCAAGAAAAGAUACUGUUCAUUUUCUGGUGGUGCGGAGGGAACGUUAGCACCGAUGAAGCUUGUCAACCAUGAGUGCUUGGUGCUGCAUCGUGAUCAUGAUGGGCACGAUCAACACUGGGGUUCUUUCACCGGCGCCGAUGAACGCUGAAGUCAAGGAAACAUACGAUCGCCUGUACUGGUAUACACAAGCACAGGAGACGUUACAAAAACGACUUCAGUACGCAUCAGAGAAAAAUCCUGUUGCAAAGAACGUGAUACUGGUGGUGGGCGACGGUAUGAGCCUGACGACAGCAACAGCAGCGAGGAUACUGCGCGGUCAGCGUCGAGGGCAGUCCGGCGAAGAUACGGAUCUAGUGUGGGACACGUUCCCCGCUGUUGCUCUCGCGAAAACCUACAACAUCGAUGCUCAAACAGGGGAGUCGUCAGCUUGCGCCACUGCACUUCUGUGCGGAGUGAAAGCACGAUACGAGACUUUAGGUCUUGACGCUGGUGGCCGCUUCAACAGCUGUUCCUCAGCUAUCAACUCCAAAGUCACCUCACUGAUUGAUUGGGCGCAUGACGCUGGAAAGUCAAGUGGCAUCGUGACGACAGCACGUAUAACACAUGCGACACCAGCAGCGUUAUACGCACAUGCUCCUUCGCGGUACUGGGAAGAUGACAGCCGGGUACCGCCGACUGUGAGGCGGGACUGUAAGGACAUCGCUUUGCAGCUCGUCGAGAAUGAGCCUGGAAGAAGUAUAAAUGUCAUAAUGGGUGGUGGGCGACGACACUUUCUUCCAACCGUAACUCCCGAUCCAGAGCAUCCAAAUCGAGAAGGUAGAAGACUAGAUGGGAGAAACUUAGCGGAAGACUGGGCAAGAGAAAAGAAGAGAAGGAGGUUACGGGCGCAGUACAUUCAUUCAAGAGAACAGCUCGCUAAGUUAGAUCCAAGAACAGUAGAUUAUUUGUUAGGUUUAUUUGAAUACUCUCACAUGGAGUUUAAUGCAGAACGGGGAGCUGGGUUAGACGCAGAAGAAGGCACAGCCGCCAGUACAUCUGUCAAAGCAGACGAUCCGUCGCUUGCGGACAUGACACGCACUGCUCUUGCGAUAUUAUCUAAAAACGACAAAGGAUUUUUUCUGCUGAUUGAAGGUGGAAGAAUAGACCACGCGCACCAUUACAAUAAUCCAUACAGAGCGCUCGACGAGACAUUAGAGCUGGAGACAGCUUUGUUAGCAGCAUUAGAGAAAGUGAACCCCGCAGAAACUCUUAUAGUUGUGACAGCAGAUCAUGGUCAUGUGAUGACGUUUGGUGGACAGGCUACUCCGAGAGGCCAUCCGAUAUUAGGUGCUGAUACAGUGGUGUCGGAUAUUGAUGGUCUGCGGUACACAACACUAUUGUACGGCACGGGGCCUGGUCACUCAGAACCUCGUGCGUUACCGUUAAACGGGACAUCAACCAUCGCUGCUGACGCGGUUCACGCUGCGGCUGUGCCACGACAGUGGGCUACUCACGGUGGUGAAGAUGUGCCUAUUUACGCUUUGGGUCCAAUGGCAACAAUAUUAUUUGCGGGCGUAGUCGAACAAAGUUACAUCCCGCACGCCAUCGCUUAUGCAGCCUGUCUUGCUCAUCACGCUCGACGGUGUCAAGAGAGUACCUUUAAUUUUACAAAACCUCAGGUCAAAAUACCAAACUGCGUUCCACCUGAAGUCAGUAGCGUGUCGGCAGCAGAGGAGACAAGAAAUGAAGGCUCGACUGGACGACGUGUUGUCGUCGCAUCGAGCGUCAUGUCGGACGAGCGGGUGCCACGGUCAUCCGCUUCGCUUAUCGCUCCGCUUAUGAUCCCUCGCUACCUUAAAAUGUUUUCGCUAUUCUUUGUCGGGCACUUAAGUGUUGUUUGGAUUUCUACCGAAUCUGUGUGAUGUCCAAUUGGGGCAUUGCGUUUACCUAAAAUAAUCUUUUUGUACAGGGAUCGUUUGUAGAUAUUAUGGCACUAAAUCAUUGUAAAUAUAAUAUUUAUGUGAUAAAUGUAAAUAAAUCAUUGUAAUU